AGAUAAUAGGCAAGGUCUUGGGUCUGAUCAAGCUAGCCCGUGAUUUUGAUAACAGUAGCAAAGCCGCAACAAAUUUUGUGCCCAUUUAUCCAAAGCCACCAAUGAUGUAUAAAGAAGGAAACAAGUUAGAGAACAUGAAUCCUUCACAGAUGGCCUCAGAGAAUGCACGAUUCGCCAUAGAGCAGACCCGAGCUCAGAUGAACAAGUCAAGAGAGAACUAUCAGAAGUGUGUGGAGAACCUAGAGAAAAACCAGAAGGAACUAACUGAAAUCCUGGUCACUAUGAGAAAUUGUGAACUGAAGGAGAUUGACUUCAAAACUACCAUAAAUAUGCUGGUCAAAGGAAUGGAUGCCAUGGGGAGAGUGAAGGAGCAGUGGGAGAAGAUGGUUCACUUUUUUCAGAUGGUUUCCAACAUUGUGAAAGCUAGCCUGAGCAAAACUCUCAAAAACUUUGCCUCAACAUCAGAGAAAGUACAAAACCUCUCCUAUAAUGCAAAGCUCUUUUCAAUAGAUCUGCUGUACAUUCAAGCGUUCCAAGCCUGUAACAUUGCUAGUCUGGUCCAUAUGAUCUCUGGAACAUACACAGAUGUUUCCAGCAAGUACCUGAUGGACCGUGUCAGUUCACUGGGCAAACUGAUGGUCAUGGAUAAAGAUAGGCCAGAAUUUGAGCGUGAGCGACAACAGCUCCAGAACUCAUGUGAUGAGGCACAAAAAUGCAUCAUAAAACUUGUCUUGAAGAAUAAAGAGGAGUUUGAGAAGAACAGCACUGCAAGACAAGAAAAGAUCGAUCAAGAGUUGCUUGCCAUUCUGCCCGCUGCUCCUCCAGAAGAAAUCAAGAGGAUUCAAGAGUCUGUUCAAGCUGGAUUCACUAAGGAAGAAGAAAAAAAGGAAAAGGAAGAAGAAAAAAAGGAAAAGGAAGAAGAAGAAGCAUCAUACUACUGAUAAAAUGUACUGAAAAAUGUAUUUUUUUAGAUUUACAUUGAAAAUAUGAAACAAGACAAGACCCUUCCUGUCAUCCGUCAACAUCUGCAUUCCCCCCAUGAUUUAGGUUUUAGUAGUACUUCUUUUUACUUAAAUAAUAAAUAAUAGUUGAUUUCUAUUUAGGCAAGCACUCUAUGCAAAUAUUACAAUUUAUUAUUAUUAUUAUUCUCCAAAAUGAAUCACAUUUUUACUUAAAAAAAAAAACAAAACAAACAAAAAAAAAAACACGCUAAAACAUACUUGCAAGACUUAGCUGCUAGAAACAUGCUAGAACAUGCAUGGCGAUAUGUAAUGCACUCCUAGCAACAUACUUUAAAAUUACAGUGAGUGUUAAACAUGCUAGAAACAUUUUAAAACAUGCUAGCAGCACUUAUCUAAGCGCUAACGCAUGCUAAUAAUGCAAUGAAACAGGAAGCUGUUGUGUAACUUAAAUUUGCAAUGUCCAAUCUGCCGCAAAUUUAACAUGUUUGAUAAGACGGUCUGACCACAUCUAGAUGCCAAUAUUAUUAUAGUCACAGUGCCACCAGCUGGUAGCAGGAACUCUUAACAUAUAAAUGACUUGGACAUAAUCCUCCUAUAUUUACCUAUUGUUCACUGUUUUCCUAAGACCAUGGGGUGGCGGUGGUACCGGUGUGAAGGCCAGUUCAUCGCUGCUUGCAGUUUUAUUUUUAAUUACUUUAUUUCUUCUUUACCUGUAAUUGUUUUAUAUUGUCUUCUGCUUCUUGAUUUAUAAUGGACUCUUCUGUUUUCUAAUUUUUGCUUCUUGCCACGAUUUAUUCUUAAAUGAAAUGGUAACACUUUACAAUAAGGUUCCAAUUCUUAACAUUAAUCAACUCUAUUAGUUAACUUGAACUCAAAAUGAAAUAUAAUUCUAAAAUAUUUAUCAAUCUUAGUUCAUGUUAAAUUCAGCUUUUACUAAUAUAUUCUUAAUAUCUAAAGUUUUAUCAGUUAAUAUUAUUUAAUAAUGGGGAUUUUUUUUUUUUUUUUUUUGCAUUUCUGUAACCCACAGUAAAAGCAGCAUGUUGUGAGACAAAAAUAAAAUAAUGGUCAUGUUAAAUAUAGUUUAGCUUAAAGUGGGAAAUUAUGGUGCUUGCUUUUUUUUCUAUUUUACUUUCACUGUUUUGUUUCAUUAUUUCAUUGUUACCAUUUAUUGAUUUACUGUUUUAUGUAUGUUUUUGAUUUUGUGGUUGUUUAUAUGUCAAGUACAUGAUUGUUUAUUGAUUUUCUUAUUUGCAAACAAGAAAUUAUAUAAAGUACAAAUCAUAGAAAAAAAUGGAUCUGAGCUAACAUGAACUAACAAUGAACAGUUGUAUUUUUUGAACUAGAAUUAACAAAGAUAAAUAAAUACUGUAAAAAAAUUUAUUGCUCAUUGUUGGAUUAUGCAUUAACCAAUGUUAACUAAUGGAACUUUAUUGUAAAGUGUUAGUAAAUCAUAUAAAUUAGCUCUGUUCUAAUAACAUGUUGGUCAGAGUUUUUAUCAAUGCAACUUAAAAAUAAAUAAAUAAAUAAAUGUUGAUUAUUAUAGCAAA